AUGGCUACCAUACCCGGGGACGAAGUUGCCCAACAUAACACAGUAGAGUCCUGCUGGAUUGUGAUACACGGUGCUGUGUGGGAUGUUACUGACUUUUUAAGCGAGCACCCCGGUGGUAGGGCCUUUAUUCUGAAAUCGGCAGGGGAAGACGCGACUGCUUCCUAUGACGAGGUCCAUGAACCAGAUUUAGUGACAAGGAUAUUAUCACCAGAAGCGUGUCUCGGUACUGUAGAUGCCACCACGCUUCCCCAGGAGGCGUCCAAGUUCAAAAAUCAGGGAACAACCAAAUACCCCGCGCUAAAUACUGUCGUUAGCGUUGCCGACUUUGAAACAAUUGCCCAGUCCUUCUUGACGCAGACAGGCUGGGCUUACUAUUCUUCUGGCGCUGAGGAUGAAUACUCUAUUGAAGAUGCUUUCCACAGUUUUCGCCAGAUCCUCCUUCGUCCCCGUGUGCUUCGUCAGGUUGAGCCUGUCUCCACUGGAACUACUAUCCUCGGCUGCUCUGUUUCGCUACCCAUCUACUUCAGUCCAACAGGCAUUGGGAGAUAUGCUCACCACAACGCUGAGUGCAUCAUGGCCGCUGUCGCUGGUAAAGAGAGACUGGUCUACUGUAUGCCCACAAGCUCGUCUUGGGAAUCAGUGUGCAAUGCGCGAUCAGUAGAAAAUCAGCCGUUAUUUUUCCAGCUGUACACAGGCCGCGAUAGAGAGCAUACCAAAUCUGUACUACGCUCAGUGAAAAAACUUGGGGUUGCUGCUAUCUUCCUUACUGUUGAUUCGCCCGUUCUUGGCAAACGGGAGCGUGACGACCGUAUUCGAGCCGCGGAUGGACAUGAUACAGUUACUGCCUCCGCAGGAGGCGUUGCCAAAUCUUCGUCAAAAGGUUUACUCAAUCCUUUACUGUCUUGGGAUGACAUUGAAUGGAUCAGAGACGCUACAGGACUCCCACUAGUGCUAAAGGGCGUCCAGACGGUGGAGGACGUGGUCCUUGCACACCUCCACGGGCUAGAUGGUGUUGUGCUCUCCAACCACGGGGUUCGCUCACAGGAUACGGCGCAGUCUCCAAUGACUACACUGCUGGAGAUACGUCGAUAUGCACCAUAUUUGCUCUCUCCAAGUAUUCGCCACAAGUUCCAGGUCUUUACCGACGGCGGUAUUCGUCGUGGGACAGAUGUCAUAAAGGCCCUGGCUUUGGGUGCUACGGCAGUGGGUAUUGGGCGUCCAGUGCUCUACUCUAUGUGUGCAGGGUAUGGGGAUAAAGGUUUGCACAGACUGGUUCAGAUUCUCCGAGCAGAAGUGGAAACAAAUAUGGCAUUGGUGGGGGCUACGAAUGUUAAGGAGCUGGUACCGGAAAUGGUGAAUACCGAGAGGGCAGAGUUCGGUGUGUCACGGCGGGUGAAGCUGUGA